AAGAAGGUAUUUUUAGUGCGACGCCGUGUCAGGUUAAAUAUUAGAAGUUUUAACAAAAAAAUUAAAUUUCUCUAGCUAUUGAUAGAAUCCUUAAAGCACCGUUAUUGAUAUGGCAUCGUUAAGCUUAUUAACGUCUCAUUUAUCUAAAAUUAAAUUGCCAGGACCGCAUCAGCUUGUGUACAAAGACGAAUGUGUAUAUUCUUUUGACAACCCGGAAUCCGAGACGGGUCUCUAUGUGUCCCUGGUGUCAUUCUUGGGAUUCGGACGCAAUUACGUUGAACAGUAUUUCCAGAAAACCGGAAACGCCGUCUUCUUACAUAUCAGAAGAGAGAAACAACCAAUCCCUGAACCAGAGCAAACAGGCGAUGGUCCCGAGAAGAAGAUCACCAAGCUCGCCAUAGGAGUUGAGGGAGGCUUUGAUCCUGAAUGUGGAAAACCUAAAUUUACAUACACUGAUCAUUACAGUGUGGUGGUGCUACCAGGAUUUCACACAUUCCCAUGGCCUGAUCCUAAUUUACCAGAACCUGUAAAGAAAUCAGUUCAAGCUGUUAUCGAUGCAGAAUCACCAUUCAAAAUCGCAGAAUUGGCAGCAUUACAAGGCACCUGGGAUGGUGAAAAACGUGAAGUUUCUGUACACUCUGUUAACCUCAAGCAGCUGGACAAUGGUAUCCGUAUACCUCCAUCUGGAUGGAAAUGUGAGAAGUGUGACCUGACUAAUAACCUCUGGUUGAACCUGACUGAUGGGUCCAUACUUUGCGGACGUCGCUUCUUCGAUGGCACCGGAGGGAAUGAUCAUGCUGUAGAACACUACAGAGAGACAGGCUAUCCACUCGCUGUCAAGCUGGGGACUAUUACUGCUGAAGGAAAAGGAGAUGUUUUUUCGUACGCUGAAGAUGAUAUGGUGGAAGACCCAUUUCUCGCUGAUCACCUCAAACACUUUGGGAUCAAUGUACAGCAGCUGCAGAAGACAGAUAAAUCUAUGGUGGAAUUAGAGCUCGAGCUGAACCAGCGUUCGGGAGAAUGGAAUACCUUGCAAGAAUCUGGAAGUGAUCUAAGACCACUGCACGGGCCCGCUCUCACUGGACUCAACAACUUGGGAAACUCUUGUUACAUCAACAGCGUCGUACAGGUGAUGUUCCGAAUGCCCGACUUCGUGCGUCGCUACGUGGAGGGGGCUCCGGAGAUAUUCGCCACCUUCCCCGAAGAUCCGGUCAACGAUUUUAAUGUUCAAACCGCAAAGCUGGGCGUGGGUCUGCUGUCGGGCCGGUACUCGACCCCGGACCCCGAGGGGGGCCAGCUGGGGGUGAGCCCGCACAUGUACCGGCAGCUCGUCGGGAAGCACCACCCGGAGUUCGCCACCAAGCGGCAGCAGGACGCGCACGAGUUCUACUUGCAUCUCUUGACGCUCCUACAGCGAAACAGCCGCCACAAGCCGAACCCUGCGGACUGCUUGAAGUUCGCAGUGGAGGAGCGCAUCAAGUGCUCGGAGUCGAACUGCGUGAGGUACACCACGAGGGCCGAACAUCAUCUGCCGCUGCCCGUGCCCCUGUCCGCUGCCACCAACGUGGAGCAGGUCCAGCAGUACGAGGCCAGACGGGCCCAGGCCGAAGCCAGUGGUCAGAGAUUAGACCCGGCCCUGGUGGUGAGACCACACAUUCCGUUCAAGGCCUGCUUGGAGAGUUUCAUGAGGGAGGAGACAAUUGAGCAGUUCUUCAGUAGUGCCUUAAACAAGAAAGUCACCGCACAUAAAAUAACUCGACUAGCGACGUUUCCUGACUACCUCCUGAUACAACUUAAAAAGUUUACUAUCAAAGAAGAUUGGACCCCUGCAAAACUUGACGUGGCCGUGGACAUGCCUUGGGAGGUGGAUCUAAGCAGCCUCCGUGGACGAGGGUUGCAGCCUGAUGAGAAGCAACUGCCCGAGGCAUCCCCUGACACCCCAGCUCCUACAUACGAUGAAGUAUUACUGUCACAACUGCUCGACAUGGGGUUCCCGGUGGAAGCGUGCAAGAAAUCUUUGUACUACACCAACAACUCUGGUAUCGAAGCCGCGUCCAACUGGCUCAUGGAACACAUGACCGAUUGGGACUUUGAACAUAAGUUUGAACCGCCUGGGACUAAGCCUUCGGAUGCGGCCGUGGGUGCCAACGUUGAUGAAGCAAGCGUGGAGCAGAUAAUGAGUAUGGGAUUCACUCGGGCUCAGGUGGUCCGCGCGCUUGGGGCCACGGGCGGUGACGUCACACGAGCGCUUGACUGGAUCUUCAGUCGCGCUGAUCAACUCGACCUGGACGAACCCACCCCGGGACCUGACAGGACACUUGGAUGUAGGGACGGACCAGAAAAAUACAAACUGAUUGCAUUUAUAUCCCAUAUGGGCACUUCUACAAUGGUUGGUCAUUAUGUGUGUCACAUACUCCAUGAAGGAAGAUGGGUCAUAUUCAACGACAAUAAGGUUGCUCUCUCAGAGAAUCCGCCCAAAGAUCUUGGUUAUUUAUAUUUAUAUGAGAGGCUAUGAUUUCAGAGUCAUUGAUAUAUACAACCAAAUACGUAUUGGCUCGUUAGACUGUUUGAAAAUGUAAGAGAUUUAACAAAAAUAACAAAAUUAGGUAUUAUUUAUUUAGUAAAUAAAAAAGUAAGGUAUAAAUUAUUAUUUUCGUCAAUGAUAAUUUAAGUUUACCAGAGGCACAAAUGUGUGCACUGCCUCUGUCAUUAAGAGUUUUAUAUUACGUCAAGUAUACAUAUUGUCAUACUGACAUACAAAGCUUAACUUUUUGCCUUAAGGUUUGCCUUUGCAACUAAAGCAAUAAUAAUUUAUAUUUGUCUUAGAAAUGAAUACAAUGUAUGUUACCUGGUAAUUUAAAAUAUCAUUGAAACUCAUUAGAAAAUCCAUUAGUUUGUUUCAAAAUACAUCCAUCAUUGAUUUAACAUUGUUACAAUGUCUGGUAUAAUUUUUAACAGUGUAUUCGUUCCAGUGUAAAUCUUAAAUGUAUAGCAUUUAUUUGUUUGUUCUUUGUAUUUCUUUGCUUUCUUUGUAAUAAAUUAAUAUACAAAUGUUAAAAGUUAAAAUGUAUUUGAUAUUUUUUCAGUUUUUGUACUGUGUUAUUCAAUUUGCAUGAUUAAUGAAACAUAGUGUUCCUGAAUUAA